AUGGAGAUCAACUUGAACGGCCAGACCAAAAAGAGUAGUAGGAACAGUCAUCCUUGCGACUUCUGCCGUUACAAGCGCGCCGCUUGCCUUGUGCACGAAGACACGCCACCAUGUGAGCUCUGCCGACGGUUAGGCAAAGAGUGCACAUUUGUUGGGGGCCCUAACAAGAGGAGACGGCUAUCCGAGCGGCGGCAAAGCGGCUCGAGCGAUGGGAUACGGAGCCCCCAUCACCAACAGGAUGGAGCUGCCCCUGGAGCAGAUGGGAGGUUUCCGUCUGUGGAGGUUUCGCCCAUUGCCGAUUCCAUCUUUGUGAGAGGGCUGAUGGACUCUGCGAGCCCGACAUCACCACACACAACGUCUUCACCAGAUGUUCCACGUCGAGAGAAUGUCUUCAUACCGUCGUCGCUGGACGCGGAGCCUGGCCACAAUGCUCAGGUGAUAGGUCUCAGCGGUGAAUCGGAUCCGUACUUGCUAAAUCUGUACCACUUCGACGAGAGAGACGAAUGCACGUUUCAGCAACUCCGCAUCAGGAAUAUGGGGCCUGAAGAUGGGGUUCCCAUUCAGUUCAUGCUACAGCGCAACUCACAAGCUAGUAAAGCGCAACCAGGAGGGCUGGGAGCUACCGCGGCCGACCUUAGAUGCGAGGUCUCGGACUUGGUCUCUGAGAAUGUUGGUCAAAGGCUCAUCACUCUUUUCUGGAAGUAUGUUCAACCUUACUUCCCGGUCGUAUCCAAAGAACACACAAUCCAAAAUCUUAACGGCAGCCCCUCCGCAAUGCCAAUAUGUCUCCUGGCAGCAAUCUAUGGCCACGCCCUCCCCUUCUGCGUAUUCGACGACAUCCUCUGUGUAGACGUCGACACCCUCCCCUCGGCAGACCACCUCUUCAAACUUGCCUGGAUGGCCGCCCUAUCCGAGUUCCAUACUCCAUCUCUCGCCACGGUGCAAACGAUGCUUCUCAUGAUUCAGCGACGGCCAACUAACAAGCACGUCGCCGACACGCCGUUCAAAUGGACCAUGCUUGCAGACACGGUGGCGCUCGCGCAGUGUUUGGGACUCAAUCUGGACCCAUUGGAUUGGGCGAUUCCGAGCUGGGAGAAGAGAUUGCGGCGGAGGCUUGCUUGGGCGGUGUAUGUUCAGGACAGGUGGCUGAGCCUUAACUUUGGCAGAAGUUCGCACAUUCAGGAGUGCGAUUGGGACGUCUCGUCGCUUGGGCCGGAUGAUUUUGGUGAUGUUCCUGGUUGUGAAGGUGAAGGGCCGUUGGUGUGUAGGCACUUUCUGCACCUAGCCUCUCUAACUGAGAUUGUGUCCAAGAUUCAACAAAACAUGUUCUCUAUCAAAGCCACUAGAGCUCUCUCCAAGUCGCUCGAAGCAACUUUCGAAGUUGCUCGGCCCUUGAGGAUUGAGCUUGCAGAGUGGCUGCAAAUCCGACCCGACGUAGGGGAACAGCCCUCAGCAUCUCUGCCAGAAUGCGGCCUGGAUGGGAAUGGUAGUCUGAAACUCGCCUACAUCACCGCAAAGAUUGCCGUCUUCAAGGCCCUUCUUCGACCGAAAAGCAUCGAGGUCCCAACCGAAGCCCGCACGGCGUUGCGCACCGGUUCAAUGACUAUCGCGCGAGAGAUGCAUGACUUUCUCGCGAAACUGGAGGCUCAUCAUCUUGAAGCUUUCUGGCAUUCAUAUUCCCGUGUCAACUUUGCCAUCGCGAGCAAUUUUAAUGUCUUGCUCUUUGCUCUUUCUCCGACGCUAUCAGAAGCUGAAGACGCCCUUACUCUUUUGAUUCAGUGGAGGGGCUUAUUGCGGAUCAAGUCCAGAAGCUGCGACUUAUUGAACUUGAGCCUGCUGAGACUUGAUGCCAUCUUCGUGGCUGGGCUGGGCAAGCUCAUUGAAUUGACACCCGCGGCAGCUGAGGCAGCCUCGAACCGGGGUUUGUGA